AUGGCUUUGUUCGCUUCUCAUUUCGUCUAUCGAUAUGGAUCUAUUGAUCCAUCUUUCGGGAAAAAGUUUACCUCCGGUUGGAAGCUUGGAAUCAUUCUUAUCUUCCCGGUGAUCUUUAGUUUUUGGUGGGCGGGAGCUGUCAGAUACUGUUUUUGGCCGAAUGAGGAUACAAAAGAAUACAUACGAGAAUUAAUACAUCGGACAGUUGGAGAAGAUGUGAAGAACAUCAGUUAUAUUGGUACCAUGUUUUAUCUGAAUUCCGCAACGAACGAGUUGGAUUUUAACAACGUUGCCUGGAUUGGAGUUUGCCAAAUGUUCCUAAUGGUGGGAUUUUCCAUGGGAUGCGUUUUUGGCUUUAGAACUGGCUGUUAUAUCCUUUUAUUAGAUCAACUUUCGAUUCUUUCUGCAGCAGCUAACAACUUUCAAAAACAACUUUUUUAUUCGUUGGUUCUCCAAACUCUUAUCCCAUUGGUCCUUAUGCAUAUUCCUAUUACAAUAUAUUUCCUCUGCCCGAUGCUUAACUUGGAUCUAGACUUUACAAGUGUUUUCGUUGCAUCUACUAUCACUUUAUAUCCUGCUGUUGACCCACUCCCAAGCUUUUUCGUGAUCAAAAGUUACAGAGAAGCUAUUCUGAGUAAGCCUUAA